CUGCCCUCAGGUCAUCCAUCUGAUGAUUCGGUUGGAAACCAAUUGGCUUCAAGUACGUUUAGCUCUUCACUCAAGAGGAAGUCUGAUGCAUUGCAAUCUGAUGCUUUGGAAUCGCCAGCUAAAAAAGUGUGCACAGAAGAAGGACAUUCCUCAGCUGUUGCUGCACAUUACAAUGAACUCCAGGAGUGUGGAUUACAGCAGAGAAGUCUGUCUCGCAUCUUCUACCUGAGAAACUUCAAUAACUGGAUGAAGAGUGCACUCAUAAAUGAGUUUUUAGGAAGAGUGCGGGAGAAAAAAACCAGGAACAUUGCAGUGUUGGAUCUCGGCUGUGGGAAAGGAGGAGAUUUGUUAAAGUGGAGGAAAGGCAAAAUAGAUAAACUUGUCUGUACAGAUAUAGCAGACGUUUCUGUCCAGCAGUGUGAACAGCGGUAUGUUGAAAUGAAAGAACGAGCCCGCCAUGAGCAUAUUUUUGAAGCUGAGUUUGUGACUGCAGAUUCUACAAAGGAGCUAUUGUCUACAAAGUUGAAAGAUCCAAAUAUGACUUUUGACAUCUGCAGCUGUCAAUUUGUUUACCAUUACUCAUUUGAGACAUAUGAGCAGGCUGACAUGAUGCUCAGAAAUGCUUGCGAACAACUUUGCCCUGGAGGCUAUUUCAUCGGCACAACUCCAGAUGGCUUUGAGCUGGUUAAACGUCUUGAAGCUUCUGAAACAAAUUCUUUUGGAAAUGAUGUGUAUGGUGUCACAUUUCAGGAAAAGGGAAGCUAUCCUCUCUUUGGGUGCAAAUAUGACUUUAGACUGGAAGGUGUGGUUAAUGUGCCAGAAUUUUUGGUGUAUUUUCCAAUUCUUGUAGAAAUGGCCAGGAAGUAUAAAAUGAAACUAAUUUACAAGAGCACCUUUAAGGAAUUUUUUGAAGAGAAGGUUAAAAAUGACGAACAGAAAACUCUGCUGAAAAAAAUGCAGGCUUUGGAGCAAUAUCCACCAGCAUCAAAUGCAAGUUUAGUCUCUAACCAUGAAGAAGAUUAUGAGCAUGCCAAGAGAACUAAGGAGAGUGGGAAAGCCAAGAUGCCCUUGGGAACGCUAAGUAAAUCUGAAUGGGAAGCUACAAGUAUAUAUUUAUUAUUCGCAUUUGAAAAACAGGCUUGA